GUAUGGUUUGCCAGAAUUACGCCAGUCUAAUCAACUAGACAAUUCAUUCUCUCUGUUUGGUGAUACAUCAACUUAUUCACUGUUGCAGGAUAGAAGGGUGGGGAGGGAUUUAUCCUGCAACAUAAACUUUUUUUGUGGUGAAAGGUGAACGAAGCAAGCCGCAACCAUGGGGCGUCGUUCGACCUCCUCCACCAAGAGUGGGAAGUUUAUGAACCCCACUGACCAAGCCAGAAAGGAAGCGAGGAAGAGGGAGCUGAAAAAGAAUAAGAAACAGAGGAUGAUGGUGAGGGCAGCAGUUCUGAAGAUGAAGGAUCCCAGACAGAUCAUACGAGACAUGGAGAAACUGGAUGAGAUGGAAUUUAACCCAGUGCAGCAGCCCCUGCUCAAUGAGAAGGUGCUACGAGACAAAAGGAAGAAACUGCGAGAAACGUUUGAGCGCAUCGUGAGACUCUACGAGAGAGAGAAUCCCGACAUGUACAAAGAGCUACGCAAGAUAGAACAGGACUACGAGACCAAACGCGGUCAACUCUCUCUCUAUUUCGACUCGGUCAAGAAUGCCGAGUCUGUAGAAGUGGACAGUAUUCCUCUUCCCGAGAUGCCGCAUGCUCCCUCCAGUAUCCUGAUCCAGGAUAUUCCCCUGCCUGGGGCCCAGCCCCCGUCCAUUCUGAAGAAAACCUCCUCCUUUGGUAAGGGGUCGUUCUUGUCCUCGUCUGCUCCCACGUCAGCAGCGCUUGCUGCGGUUCCUCGGUUACCACCCGGCCGAAAACCCCCCGGCCCACCGCCUGGACCCCCGCCUCCCCAGGUCUUACUGUUAUAUGGCAACCGCAGGGCGCUCAGAGACGCAGACACGGAGGUGAUGGAGACGGGAGGGAGGAGAGACAGCGGCAGUGAGAGUGAGAGAGACGGGGAUGACGUGGACGAUGACAGGAGCGACUCGGAGGACGACAGCGAAGGAGAGAGGGAUGACGUGGAGGACGACAGGAGAAUGAUGGGAGAUCUCCUGGACGACAGAGACCGAGACAGAGAGGAGGAGAGAGAGAGAGGGAGGAGUGUGCGGUUUGCGGACAUGCCCCCACCGCCCCCCAGGGAGAGGAAGAAGAGGAAGGUUGUGAAGAAGGCCAAGAGCAUCACCCCUCUGCAGGCGAUGAUGCUGAGGAUGGCAGGCCAGUCAGUGCCUGAGGAGGAAGAGGAGGAAGAGGAAGAGUACACUGAUUCAGAUGAGUCCGAAGACAACGAAGAAAGAUCAGCCCCCGGAGACAACCAGCCCGGCCUCCCGGCGGCCAAUAGGGGAAUGCCUCCUCCGUCUGCUCCAAUGGGAGCUCAGCAGCCUCCCCCACACAUGCAGGCUCCACCAAUGACGGGGCCUCCUCCAUUAGGACCACCUCCAGCUCCUCCAAUGAGGCCACCAGGACCACCCUCCGGCCCGCCUCCUGGCCCUCCCCCCGGUGCCCCUCCCUUCCUGAGGCCUCCAGGUAUGCCCGGUGGGCUGAGGGGGCCGAUGCCACGCCUCCUUCCCCCAGGACCGCCUCCAGGACGCCCACCAGGCCCGCCCCCUGGCCCACCCCCCGGCCUUCCCCCUGGCCCUCCACCCAGAGGCCCCCCACCCAGACUACCCCCACCCGCACCACCAGGUAUUCCCCCGCCUCCUCCCCGUGCCGGCCCACCCCGACCAAUGGCCCCGCCCCUCUCCAUGUUCCCCCCGCCCCUCAACCCCAACGUUCUCAGCGCCCCUCCCAGCAUCGUCCACCGCCAAAAACCCCCCAACGCCGCCGCCGAAGGGGCGGCCAGCGCCCCCAACCCACCCUCCAUGCUACCCCCGCCCUCCAUGUCCAUGCGCAUGCAGAUACCCCCGCCCCCCGGCACGACCUCCAACCCCGCGCCGCCAGGGGGCGCCGCCUCCGCCAACCCUCCCGGCCACCACCACGCGCCGACCAUCGAGAAACGCGCCAACAUCACCUCCGCGGCGGGCGCGGCGGCGGGCGGGGCUCAGGCCGGCGGGGCGGGCACGGGCGGGGCCACCAUCUCCGCCAAGCCUCAGAUCAUCAACCCGAAAGCCGAAGUCACGCGCUUUGUGCCCACCGCCCUGCGGGUGAGGCGAGAGAAGGGCGUGGUGGAGAAAGGAGGCAGGAGGGAGGAGGUGGGCGGGGCGUCGGGGCAGAAACCGCAGCAGCAGGGCGUAGCGAUGCCGGUCGCCUCCUCCACCAACCCCGCCCAGAUGGGCACCGCCGCUACGUCACAGCCCAACAUGAAGACGAAGGACCAGGUGUACGAGGCUUUCAUGAGAGAGAUGGAGGGAUUGCUCUGA